AUGAGUGAUCUGGGAUCAGAUUUUGGAUGUGAUAAGGAGCAGGCGGUGCAGUGGUACAGGAAAGGCAUCGCUGAGCUGGAGAAAGGCAUCUGUAUCCAGGUCACUGGAGCUGGGGAGAAGGCAGACAGAGCCAGAAAGCUUCAGGACAAAAUGACCAACAACCUCACCAUGGCCCAAGACCGGCUGGAGCUUCUGGGCAAACUUCUUUCAAAGUCCCCAGCAGAGGGCUGCUCUGAUCACACAGGCCUGUCUUUCUCCAAUGGGAGCCUGCGUCCAGUUGCAGGCAGUGGAGCAGUUUCCAAAAAGAAGAACACUCUCACAAUCACAAAUCAGUCCCAUGUGCGACCCAAAAACCCACCCAAAUCUGCCCCUGCUGCUGCCCUGCGCUGCAUACCUUCAACUGGUCACAGUGGCAGGACCGGCCCUCAGAGUAACCUGAAGGGGCCCCCGGCAAGAGCCGGUAACAGACAUAACACCAGCAACACUGCCACUGCGUCACCUCAGAGGAAAAAAGACAUGAAGAACUUUAAAAAUGUGGACAGCAAACUGGCCAGCCUCAUCCUCAAUGAGAUCGUGGGAGAGGGCGAGAAAUUGGUUCGGGCUUUGUUUGCGGUUGCUAGGGAACUGCAGCCGUCAAUCAUCUUCAUCGAUGAGAUUGACAGUCUGCUGUGUGAGAGAAGAGAGGGCGAGCAUGACGCCAGCAGAAGACUCAAAACAGAGUUCCUCAUCGAGUUUGAUGGAGUGCAGUCAGGAGGAGAUGACCGAGUGUUAGUGAUGGGAGCCACUAACAGGCCUCAGGAGCUUGAUGAGGCAGUUCUUAGGAGAUUCGCUAAACGCAUUUAUGUGGCUUUACCUACAGAGGAGACUCGUCUGAAGCUGCUCAAGAACCUCCUCAGCAAACACAGAAACACUUUACCUCAGAAAGAGCUGAGUCAGUUAGCCAGGAUGACGGAGGGUUACUCCGGCAGUGAUCUGACCUCGCUGGCUAAAGACGCUGCUCUUGGUCCUAUACGAGAGCUGAGGCCUGAACAAGUGAGGAACAUGCCAGCCGAUAAGAUGAGGGACAUCUGUUUCUCUGAUUUUGUGGAUUCGCUCAAGAGGAUAAAGCGGAGCGUCAGUCCUCAAACGCUGGAUCAGUACGUCCGCUGGAACAGACAGUACGGAGACACAACAGCCGUAUGACACCGACACGCAAGAAGGGUUUUUCCUAAAGACUUGGAAUAACAAAAACAUUUUUUGUAUAAUUUUGUCUUUUCUACGACUUUGCUUUUGAGUCGUUUGGAGCUCAGGCUAAGAUUUGCUUUGACUGAAUUACACCAGAGCUCAAGACCAUGUGGAUGGCAAAGCAUGACAAAACAUUUUCUACAAAACCAAGAAACAUUUGGUUUCUAAUUCUUCCCCUUGAUUGGUGUGUGAAUGAUAAAGCACUUGGCGUCUGUGGUGUUCUAGAUGCAUUUGUUCCUCUCUUAUCUUGUUGCUUGAUUUGUUUUUGAUUCAUGUAUCCAGAUAAAUCAAAUCCUCAAAUGGCGGUGUGAUGUGCUGAAGUCAAUCAAAUAGCAAUCAAAUAGGGAUUCCGUUGAUAAAUGAACGAUUAAAGAAUGUAUUGUUUGAUCUCCUGCUUGGAAACCGUUCAGACUGCAUGUGUAUUUGGAAUGACCAGCACUCCUCAUGUUUUUUUCCAUUUGCAGGCACUAGGGGGCAUCAGUUGAGACUGUAUGUGAAUGUCUUCUGCUAGAACUAAAGUCAUGAUGUUGCUCCAUGUA